AUGAAAGACAAAGGCAUUUUAAUGAGUUUGCUCCUCCUCCUGAUGUUUUUGGUGAAGGAAACAGUGUCUCUGAGCUGCCCUACAACUGAUGCUUUCCUUGUUCCACAUGAGUGGUACCAGCCUGGAGACUUCAUCAUUGGUGAGAUAGUGUCCCACAUCUUAUACAACCUUUAUGAAAUUAAUUUUGACGAACAUCCUUGUAUAACAUCUUAUAAUGUACCAAAGUGGACGUGGAUUGGGAUAUUUUCUGUUGAUAAUAACCAUGGAGAAAAUUUCUUGAAGAAAAUACAACCCUUACUUUCAAAGAAUGGAAUCUGCUCAUCAUUUAUACAAAGGCUUUCACCAGUGAUCAGCUUGGAAGAAUUCCAACAAAUUGAUCAAAGAUUGUCAAUUACUUCUCUUAAUAUGUUGAAUAGCAAAGCCAAUACAUUUCUUGUCUGUGGAGAAUCCUGGACAAUUACACGGCUAACAUUUGUAAGAUUUCUUUUAGAUCCUGAAAGCAAGGAAACUGCAUUAUUAAGAAAGGUAUGGAUCAUGACUGCACAGAUUGAUUUUAUACUAUCAGGCAUUCAAAUCACAUUGGAUCUCAACAUGUACAGUGGGGCUAUUUCCUUCACUGUUCAUUCAGCAGCACUUGCAGGGUUCAAGGAGUUUCUUCAGACCAUAAAUCCUCUUUCAGUCUAUAGAAAUGCGUUUCUGCAGGACAUUUGGGAACAAGCAUUUGAUUGUUCAUUUCCAAAACCAGAGUUACAAGAAAUGCAGAGUAGGAAAUGCACUGGGGAGAUGAAGCUGGAGGAUCUUCCUGCACCUGUGUUUGAAAUGGAAAUGACUGGACAAAGCUACAGCAUCUACAAUGCUGUUUAUGCUGUGGCUCAUGCUUUGCAGGCUCUACACAUGUUGGGUUUCAAUUGGAAGAAAACUAUGAUGGGUAAAAAAUCUGAUCUUCCAAAUCUGCAGGCGUGGCAGGUUCUUCCACUUUCUAGAUGCAAUGACCCUUGUUUGCCUGGAUCCUGGAAGAAAGGGAUUGAGGGGGAACAGUUCUGCUGCUAUGACUGUGUUCCAUGCCCAGAAGGGAAGAUUUCAAAUCAAAAUGAUAUGGACGAUUGUUUUGAAUGUCCAGAAGAUCAUUAUCCAAAUAAAGAAAAGAAAAGAUGUAUCCUGAAACUGCUGAUUUUUCUAACUAUUGAAGAAACUUUAGGAAUUGGUUUAUCCUCAGCAGCUCUUUGUUUCUCCUUCUUGACAUCUUGGGUACUUGGAACUUUUAUUAAGUAUAGGGAUACUCCCAUUGUCAAAGCCAACAACCAGUCCGUAACCUACACCCUGCUUGUCUCUCUUCUGCUCUGUUUUCUCUCCUCUUUGCUCUUCCUCAGCCAGCCUGGCAAAGUGACCUGCCUUCUCCGACAAUCAAUGUUUGGCAUCACCUUCUCAGUAGCCAUUUCUAGUGUAUUGGCUAAAACCAUCACUGUGGUUGUGGCUUUCAUGGCCACUAAACCAGGAUCUCAGAUGAGGAGAUGGAUGGGGAAAAGAUUGGCUCUUUCUACUGUCCUUUCCUGUUCUCUCUUACAAGUAUGUAUUUGUAUUCUUUGGUUGUCAACAUCUCCCCCAUUCCCUGAGUUGGACAUGCAUUCAGAGCUCCAAGAAAUGAUUUUACAGUGCAAUGAGGGAUCAGCUUUGUUCUUCUACUGUGUCUUGGGCUACAUGGGUGUCUUGGCCAUCGCCAGCUUUAUUGUAGCUUUUCUUGCCCGCAAAUUACCUGACAGCUUCAACGAAGCCAAGUUCAUCACUUUCAGCAUGUUGGCCUUUUGCAGUGUGUGGAUCUCCUUCUUUCCAGCCUAUCUGAGCACAAAGGGAAAAGCCAUGGUAGCUGUGGAGGUCUUCUCCAUCUUGGCCUCCAGUGCUGCAUUACUGGGAUGCAUAUUCUUGCCAAAAUGCUACAUUAUUGUUUUGCGGCCUGACCUCAACCACAGAAAGCAACUCAUAAAGAGGAAUUAG